AUGCGAGAAGGUCAGAUUUCAGAUGAGAAGACCUGCGAGGAUUUAGCAGAAGGCGACCGCUAUUCGGCACCUCCUGACAGCUCUUUCUCACCGCUGGAUGAGGACGUCACCACCUCCACGUCCUCGCUCUUCAUCGACAGCCUCACUACGGAAGAUGAUACAAAGCUCAAUCAGUAUGCAGGAAGCGAAGGUGUGGGAAGCAGCCUUCCUUCCAAGAAGGCAGGCGCCCCGAUUCACACAGGUACUAUCGUGGGGAUCGUUCUGGCUGUGUUGCUCAUUGCAGCUAUUAUCCUUGCUGGAAUUUACAUCAACAGCCACCCCACCUCCAACGCUGCCCUGUUCUUCAUUGAGCGAAGGCCACAUCACUGGCCUGCCAUGAAAUUCCGAAAUCACACCAACCAUGCAACGUACUCCGAGGUGGAGCCGGCCAGCCAGGAGAAGGAGGGCUUUGUCGAAGCAGAACAGUGCUGAGCGCUUCUCCCCUUGCGUCUCAAACCUCCCAUGUCUCAAGUGUUGGAGUCUUCUGUUAUUCUAUUGCAAAGUCUUUCCCCUCUUGGAAAAGAAACAGCAAGUAGAGGAAAAAGACCCAAUGGAGCAUUUGAAAAGGAUGAGUCAGGGUGAUGUGAGGCUGGACUUGCCUGGAUUCCUCACGGGACAGCAGAGCCUGCAGCGGUGGCAGUCAGUUGCGACACUGGACUCUGCCUGCAGCCCGGCACCGAAGCCCUGGAUGUGGCGGCAGAAAAAAGCGCAGUCAAUUUUUUAGCUUGGCGUGGGUUUUUUUGUUUUGUGGUUGGGUUUUUCCCCGCCCUGUGUGUGGCUGACCUCUUCCCUCCUCCAGCAGGAGUCUUAACAGGGGCAGCAAAGCGGGGGCAAAUCUCGGUACGGGCAAAAUACGCAGUUGCCUCAAGCAGCAGGCUCUUGGGGACAGCAAAAUAGAUGCCUUUUGCUGCACAUGCUGGCUCUGCCUGCACUCAGGAAAGUCGGGCUGGUUGCCUCUGCCCCCCUCCACAGAGGGGCUGGGUAGCUGGGGGCAGAUGCUGUUGGUGGCCCAGGAGAGGUAAGGUUGGCUCUCCAGGGCUCACCUCCCCUCUCCCAUCCCCUCUCUCCCGGCUCUGUCCCUUUCUCCACUCUCCCCUUCGCCUUCUUUUGGGGCGGGCGACAUUUAAUUUUGCCUUCGCGGCUGAGAAGCCUUGAGCCCUUGUCUUUUCAUCCUGCAGUUGGUCUUCCACCACCGUGGCUUCAACUCCCUGCCCUCCUCUCCUUUCAAGGCAACAGCUUCCACCCCCUGCUCCAGAGAAAGGGAAACCUGAUCUAUUUUAAGGGCAAAACCCUGCAGAGGAUUCACCUUCAGGAUGUUUGUGAGCCAAUGGCUCUGAUGCCCUUUUUGGCAUCUAAUUAGUUUGCUAAAUUACUAAUUAUGACCCUUUCCCUAAAGGGGACAGAGUGUGAAAAAAAAUUUUAGAUUCCUUCAGAAUACGUCCUUGUGGCGUGGCCACUAAUCCAGCAGGAACAGAGUAGGUUUUGAUGGAAGAGGAUGGGGACAGAGCACUAGCGAAAGCAGCGUCCUCCCACGGGCUAAAUCCUGACGUAAAUCCAAACUCAUUCAUGGGCAUUUCACAUAAAUAAGGAGUGAAGGCAUACAUGCCUUGAUACCAUUGAAAAUCUAAAAAUCACCUUGUAAACAUCAUCGUUUUUAGAGCCUACUCAAGUCAGUGGAAUUUUUUCUAUUUUUUUAAUUUUAUUCUGUCUGUGAUAGGCCCCUGGUCUGGAUUUGUACGUAUAUCGUGAUUCCAGACUCUGACCCUAACUAAGGGCUUCGACACUAGACCUCUCAGGGUUUUCUACUCCUUCUGUGCAAUCGGAAUUUAAAGCUAAUCUGCAGAAAUACUCUACCCUACUUCCACAGACACCAGCUGCAGGAUUGGGCCCUAAACUGAGGAAAGCUUGCAUAAAAAAAGGGAGAGUCCAAAGUCCAGUGGAAGGUAAAGUUUUCUUUCCCCCACCAAAAAAGGUGUUAGUUGUAUGGGGCUUUUUUUCCUUUUUUUUUUUUUUUUUUAAUUUUCUCUUGAUCCUCAGUUAUUUAUUCUGAUAAUCAUGUUUGAUGCAUAUUUUAUCCACUGGCUGGUUCAGCUGUCACUGGUGGUGAUUACUGCCAAAGGCAGGGUCUGUCUAAUUAAUGUUUUCCUUCUCAUCUGCUGAAUUUAUAUAGCCAUUAAAGAUAAAUAUGGAUGCUUUGUGGCA